AUGUCAAUUGACUUUGAAGCAUUAACUGCCAAGCAAAACUUCCCACUCUGGGAACAAACUCCUGAAGAUGUCUUGAAAACUGCCAAUGAAUUGAUUGAAAAACAAAAGAAUCUUUUUGAUAAAAUUGCAGCUACGGAAGAGCCAACUUUAGACAACCUUUUGAAACCAUUUGCCGAAUUGAACAACAAGGACGCAUUUCCUGAACUGCAAGUCACUUUUUACCAAUAUGUUUCUACCAACAAGGAAUUACGUGACGCUUCUACCAAGGCUGAAGAAUUGAUUGAAGAGAGUUCCAUUACCGAAUGGUCAAGACCUGAAGUUUACAAGGUGUUCCAAAAGUUGUACGAUGCAGUGAAAGACACUGAUAUUGACCCUGAAUCUAAAAGAUAUUUGAAGAAAUCUGUUACCGCCUUCAAAAGGAAUGGUUUGGCAUUACCUGAAGAAACCAGAGAGAAAAUCAAAAAGUUAAAGGUUGAAUUGAGUAAUUUGAGUGUUCAAUUUGCGAAAAACUUGAAUGAAGAAAAGGGAUUUGUCUUGUUCACCAAGAAGGAAUUAGAUGGUGUUCCUGAAGAUGUUAUUGGUCUGUAUUCCAAGGCUGAACAAGAUGGAGAAGAGAAAUUGAAGGUUACUUUCAAGUAUCCUGAUAUUUUACCUUUAUUGAAACAUGCUCAUAAUGGAAACACUAGAAAGACCGCCUAUAUUGCUUACAACAACAGAUGCUCUGAAAAUGCACCAAUUUUAGAACAAAUCAUCAAGGUUAGAUAUGAAUUGGGCCAAUUACUAGAAUAUGACACUUAUUCCGACUUUGUUUUAGAAGAAAGAAUGGCAAAAAAGAAGGAAGUUGUUUUAGAUUUCUUGUCUGAUUUAAGAACAAAGUUGACUCCAGUUGCUACGGUUGAAUUGGAAGAAUUAUUAAAAUUGAAAAACGACGACUUGAAAUCCAGAGGCUUAGAACCUGAAGAUAAAGUGUAUGCUUGGGAUUCUGCUUAUUACAAUGAAUUGUUAUUAGAAAAGAAGUAUAGUGUUGAUAAUAUCAAGAUUGCAGAAUACUUCCCAUUAGAAUCUACAGUUAACAAAAUGCUUGGAUUCUAUGAAACUAUUUUUGAUAUUAAAUUUGUUAGAAUUGAAAAGCCAGCUAAAGGUGCAGUUUGGCAUGAAGAUGUUCAACAAUUCGCCGUAUACAAGAACAUCAAGCACGGCGAGCCACGCCAAGAAUUUAUUGGUUGGAUCUACUUUGAUUUGCAUCCAAGAGAAGGUAAAUAUGGCCAUGCAGCAAACUUUGGAUUAGGUCCUGGUUAUUUAGAAGAUGAUGGAAAGACUCGUCAUACUCCAGUCACUGCGUUGGUUUGUAAUUUCACCAAACCAACCCCUGAAAAACCAUCGUUAUUGAAACAUGAUGAAGUCACCACUUUUUUCCAUGAAUUGGGUCAUGGUAUUCACAAUAUCAUCUCUCAAACUAGAUAUGCUAGAUUCCAUGGUACUAGGGUCGAGCGUGAUUUUGUUGAAACUCCUUCACAAAUGUUGGAAUAUUGGACCUGGUCUAAGGAUGAAAUUAAAGGUUUAUCAUCUCACUACAAGACCGGUGAACCAAUUGAUGAUGAUUUAGUCGACAAAUUAAUUAAAACUAAACAUGUCAACACUGGUAUUUUCAACUUACGUCAAUUAUUCUUUGGUAUUUUUGACAUGCAAGUUCAUACCAUCAAGGAUAAAAAGGAUUUAGACGAAUUAGAUUUAUUCAAGAAAUGGAAUAGCUUAAGAGAAGACAUUACCUUGAUUAGUAGUGACAAUAACCCAACAAAGGGUUAUUCCUCAUUUGGACACAUUGCUGGUGGCUAUGAAAGUGGUUACUAUGGUUACUUGUAUUCCUUGGUUUAUGCUGCAGAUAUUUAUUAUACCCUCUUCAAGAAAGAUCCAAUGAAUGUUGAAAGUGGUAUUAGAUACAGAGAUAUCAUUUUGACUAGAGGUGGAUCUAGAGAUAGUAUCGACAACUUGAAGGAGUUGUUAGGUAGAGCGCCAAAUGCCCAAGCAUUCCUUCAAGAAAUUUUUGGUUAA